CCUGGCACUCAGUGAGAUUCAGUGAGGUUGAAUGGUUCAGCUGGAUAUGCAUGGGGUGGUCAUGGUGUUCAACAACAUGAGGCUUUCGUUGAUUUGUCUCCUACUCUUGGUUGAGAGAUGGAAUUUGCUUCAUUAUGGAGCACUUGCAAAUCCAUACCAUCAUGAAUAUGGAAAGUAUGAGGAUGGGUCUACAGCUAGUACAGGUAGUGGCUCUGAGCUUCAUUACCCUGGAAGAUAUACUGGACUUGACCUGGAAUUCGAAAGCCAUCAACCCAAUCUGGCUAGCCAUCAACUAUCCUCCACAGAAGGUGUCAACAGUGCGCAGUUCAAGAUGUCACUAAGCAAUGAACUGCCUGAGCGCCAUCAAAACCCUGUGAGCAGUUCUACAAGCUUCUAUCGCUCCUCAACGUUUCAACAUCCAUCCAGGAAUCCUGAAACUGCACAAAUUGCCCUUGUCUCCCCCAGGGAAAAAAGGAUUCCCCAGGAUUCCAGUCAAGGUAUGAACAAUAUCUUUACGCCUGAACGUUCUGAAUAUGCUCGGUUUCGAAAUGAAGCUGGUGGCUUUACCCAAAAUGCACCAGGCAGUCUGUAUCCCAGCAAUCCUGUAAAGAACAGUGUCGGUGUUCCUACUGUGUAUACAGUCCCUUACUUUUCUAUCAAUAGAAACUAUCCUGAUUAUAAACAGCUUGAAAAUAAUCAUUUGGCUCAUCAGUCAACACCUCUCCCUGAACCUGGAAGACAAUUGCCUGUUGAUCCCAUCACUAACCUCCGACAUCCAUCACCAAGUUUGUUCAGACUCAAAGACAAUAUGCAGAGCAUGGCUUAUGACUCCUCUCCACAAGACACCAACACUCACACAUUCCCACAUACUGGAUAUUAUGAGCGUGGUUCUUUAAAGAUUGAUCACAGGCCAGAUGACCAAGUCGGUGGUAAAUGGGCUGUUCAAAGGCUUGUGUCCAGUAACAGUGUGCCAGUUCAAAGCGCAAGUUCUUGGCAUGAUGGAGGGCAGAGGACAAACAAUGAGAGGUUUGGUUUAAGUCAAAUGCCACCUGUUCAGCAUGGUGGAAGUGAAUUUGAAAUGUCUUACUUUCCCCAGAGGGACAACUGGCCAACAGCUGAUGAAGGGCAAGUCCGGGAGCUUCAUCCAAUCACAGAAGAUAUGCCGUCACAGAACUCCCAGCAAGAACCACCUGUAGUCGUCAACCUUCCCCUUGCUAAAAAUGGAGAUGCAUCAAGUGGCAGUGCCCGAGGAGAAACUGACUUGCAUCAGUCUUUUAAGACCAGGCACAAAGCUAUGACUGACGAUAAGCAGUUAAUCCAAUUCCGACUCAAGAAACGUUAUCUUGUGAGAGCCUUUAACCAUUAUGAGCAGGGCAAGCUCUACCAAUCCCACGGCAGCAAUGACCCAACAGAAAUGGACAUUCCAUCUGGUGGCAAAACGCUGCGGUUACAGGUCCACAGCGACGGAAACCCCUCGGAAUGGUUACAGUAGGUAAUGUACUCUACUUCUAAUAGUUCAACUUCCUUUCCUUUUGUUUACUUUAACAUCAAUUUUCAAUUGUUUCUUUGAUAGAAAAAUGUGACUAUCGAUCGCUUGUGACAUCCCUCAGGCUCUGUACUGUACAGCCUUUUUUUUUCUGGUAAUAAUAAAACAAAACUGACCUGAACCCUGCUUAUCUAUUGCAUUAUUGAUCGCAGGUAUUUGCAAUGGUUGUAUUCCUUAGCUGUCGGUACUCAUGGAUCUCCUGACAAGAACUGAAGUUUAGGCUCAUCAGGCAACAAUGGCUAUUCACAAUUAACAGAAUGUCGCAGUUAAUGUCUUCAUCCGACUCAAACUUGCUUGUUCUAGGGUUUGGCUCUGAGUUUAUGAUGGAUAUUUUGAACACAGGACUACUUUCAACAAAACUAAUACCUGAUAAUUUACUAAUUCAGUGUCCACUUAUAAAUGCACAUAUUUAUUGUGACACUUAUUGCCAUUAAAAUAUUAAAUAAGGCACUCAAGACAUCACUCAUU